CUUGUUUACACCCGCAACAAAAUGGCUGAUAACAUGAAAAGUACCAUCGCUAGCCAUGUACAAAAAAAAUGUUAUCCCUUUUUUAUUCUACAUUUUUUAAACACUUAACAUUUCUCUGGUUAUUUUUUUAUGAUUCAACGGUGUAGGGAAACAUUUGGCUGAUAGAUUAAGUCAAAGAGAAAACAUUUAUCAUUCAGUUAAAUUCUAGAAAAUUCGUGUUCCGCCGUCACAUUCGUUUGUAGACAUAAACAACAUUGACCUUGGCUUUUUAUUAGGCCUUGCACUUUAAAGACGUAAACAAGCCGUCAUAUGCCCCUGUACUAGAUGGCUCUAGAAAAAUCUACAACAAGCUUGGCCAUGCCUCCAUCAUGUAUAAAAGGAGACUCUUUUGCCACUCUGGCAAAUUUUAUUGAACAUUACUUGAAAGUGGAAGAAUACUUAGUGCAUCUUGCACACUACUACACACCCUGCUGUUUGUUUAAAGAGAGUGAAAUUCUUGCUGAGACCUGAGUAACACAUCAUUAAUUUCUAAUUACUAAAUUUACUAGCAUCAGCUUGACACCUGUCUGUCAAGAAGUUCUGUCAGUUUCAAUUUCAUUAUCACUAAAAACUAAAAAUGUUUGCCGUUUGUCCUCGACCAAGUGAUGAUAACCUCAUGUCUCUGGUGAGCGAGUUUAUCAACCCAUGGGACUACAGAUCACCAAUGUUGUACAGAGAUGGCACCCUUGCCAAUUUGAGUGGAAGAUUUGGUGAUUCGGAGGUAAGUGUUGAAGUUGAAACACGACUAAGCCUAGAUUAUAAUUUGUUCCUUUGUAGUAACACAGAGUUUGGCCUAUAGUAUAUUAUUAUUAUUAAGUCAUAUGUAGCAACAGAGAUAAUUCAAAAUUCACAUUUAAUGACUACUAAGCAAAUGUUGGCAAUACAAUUACAGCCUUUGUGUCCCCAUUUUUAUGUCAAAGAAACAGAAAAUGCUAUGCGGUGAAGGGCCUUACUAAUUACUAAUGAUAUACUUUAAAUAAUAGGACCUAACAUUCUGUUAUCUUUAUACUGUAAAUGAUAUUUAAAAAAAAAAAAAUAUUUUGAAAGGCUUACUUUCAUAACUUAAGAAUCCAAACUCCAAAUAACAAGAAUGUUUAGUUAUUCUAAAUGAAUAAAAACUUUGAGACACUGAAUGAGCUCACUUCUGUGACCGUUGGGAAAACAAAAAAAAAUAAAGAUUCAUACCAUAACAAUGAUGAACUGCAAUGAACCGAGAAAACACUUGCCUCACCACACUGCAUUCCCAUUGUUAUGUAACUUAAAAGGAUGAAAACAACUUGGUAUAAGUAUUUUUAACCCACAGAAAGAAAUAAUUGCAAUUAGCCAAUGUUUAUAAAAAAAUAAUUUCUUCAGAUAAAUAAUUACGUUAUGAUCUUCAUUUAAAAAAAAACAAAAAAAAAAUUAAGUUCAUUGUUUAGUCAAAUAGCCGAUAUUUAUUCUAUAUUUUUACAUUUUUAAUGGGAAUUUUUUAUAAAUUAUAUCUUACAACUGUUAGUCGUAUUAUUUUGUCAGCAUUAAAAUUUCAGUUAGGUCUCUUUUGCCAGCAUUAUCAGUAAGACUUCAGUUUGGAUUAUGUUGCAUUUGAGUUAGACUUGUGAAGUGAAAUUAAAAUUAUUACAUAAUGUGUGAUACCCUGGUACAAUAGCCAUAACCAUUGUAUUAAAUUGAAAUUACAUGUGUGAUACCCAGGUAUAGCAGCCAUGAAUCUUUGUAUUAAAUUGAAAUUACAUGUGUAUUACCUCGGUACAGUAGUCAUGAAUCAUUUCAUUAAAUUGUAAUUACAUGUGUGGUACCCCUUAACAUAGCUGUGAAUCUUUUUAUUAAAUAAAAAAAAAUAAAUAAAAUAUGAUUUAACCAUCAGCACUGGUACAGUUCAGAAAAAUGCUUAUUUAAACAGACCCAUCUAAGUCCCACCCCCAGUUUAGCUCCUGUUACCCAUCGGCUGUGGUUAAGGUUUUAUGUUUCUGCAAAGGGUUUACUUCCUCCUUUACACUUAAUUUUUAAAUUUCUGACUUGCAAUGAACAUACAAGUCCAUACAACACUCCCCCCCCCCUCCCCACCCCCUAACCCUAUAUACUAUUGAAUUGUAAAAUGUUUGACAAAAAUUAUCUCCUGUUACCCAUCGGCUGUGGUUAAGGUUUUAUGUUUCUGCAAAGGGUUUACUUCCUCCUUUACACUUAAUUUUUAAAUUUCUGACUUGCAAUGAACAUACAAGUCCAUACAACCCCCCCCCCCCCCCUCCCCACCCUCUAACCCUAUAUACUAUUGAAUUGUAAAAUGUUUGACAAAAAUGGCGUUUUUUGUAUUACAAACAUUAUUUUAUAUUUUUUUCAUAGACAAAAUUGCGAUUGGAGUCAAAUUUUAAAAAGAUGGAUUUUUUUCUUUUUUCCCAACAAAAAAUUUGUUUCUAUCAUUUUAGGUUCAGGACACUGACAAGGAGUUCAGAGUUCGCUUAGAUCUACGCCAUUAUAGUCCAGAAGAGGUGAAAAUUAUUUCUGAUAACAACCGCAUCAAAAUCUCAGCUAAACAUGAGGAGAAACAAGAUAAUCAUGGAUUUGUUUCCCGUGAGAUGACCAGAACAUAUUCGCUGCCAAAGGUAAGUAGAAACAAAAAUUAAAAUAGUGUCUUCAAGCUUCACUAUAAAAAGUCAUGAAAUUGUCAUAUUUUGAUUAAUACCUAUCAUAUGUUGAGAAAAACAGAUAGUGAGAUUGGUGGUGCAAGUUAGUAAGACAAUGAGAUUGGUGGUGUGAGUUAGUGAAAUAGUGAUAUUGGUUGAAUGAUGUAGUAAGAUAGUGAGAUCUUGAGUUAGUAAUUUUAGUUUUAACAUAGUAUGUUUUGUGUAAAAUAAUAAAAUAAUUCUUUCUGAAAAAAUAUGGUGACACACAGACUAUAUAGACUUAUUUUUUUUAAAUAGACAAGCAGCUACUUAAACAUAUAAUGCUGUGGUUCUUAAACUUUUUCCAGUGCCAUGCCCCCUUUUGAUUUUAAAACAUGUACUGCGACCUAUUUUUAUUCAAAAAAAUGUGUCCCACACCCCAUAAUAAAAACAAGGCUGUCAAAAAAGCUCAUUUUUCUCUGUCUCUCUACCCUCCACCCCAAGAAUGUAGGCAUCCCUAGUUAAAAGUAUAACUGUCAUGAUUGCUGAUCGACUGUUAGGCCCCUCUCUUGGGUUGUCAUGGCCCAUCAGAUCAUGAGUUGGUUUGCACCCUUCAGUGUAGUCACUUUCGAUCAUAUCAUGUCAUUAUGUCUGAUGCUCCAGAAGUGCCUUAUAUAUAUAUUUGCAAAAUCAACACAGACUUUCUUUGUACAUUUAUGAUAGAAAAUUUUAAGGUAGUGAAUGGCAGAAAUUUGAAGAGAGUGAAUGCAAGUUUCAACAAAUUACCUUUUUAAAAUAUAAAUGACCUAUAACUUUAUAAUUUCUUAAAUAAAAUGUGUUUUAGUUUGGUAUCUAAAAAUCCUGAUAGAACAAAAUAGUGACAUUGUCUUGGGUUUAAAUUUUACUUGGUGCAUUUAAAAAAAAAAAAAAGCCAAUGUCAAAUUACAUAAAAUAGAAACUUUUUUUUUUCAUACCAGUUGACUCCUUAUCCAAUAUCCUUUUUUAAAAUUUGUGAUUGUAAGUGUAAGGUGUCUCUGGAUUCAAUUGGUUUGGGAUUUUGUUAUUUGAGAGAAGCAUAUAAAAUUGCCCCAAGAAAAUAGCUCGACGCCAGAGAGCUAAUGCACUUGACAUUUAUACCAGGGUUGAGAACCCCUUUUAAACGUGAGUCCCCAAAUUUAAAUUUUUGAAAAUCGGUUAACUGCAUACCCUUUUAUCAUUUUUUGUAUUCAGGAAAUGUGAAAUGCUAGUUUAAAAUAGCUUUAUAUUCACUAGUUUAUUAACAUCUUUGUUAUUACAAUAUUUCAGGAUGUUGACCCUAAGUCUGUGACUUCAACUAUGAACUCACACGGGACUCUGACCAUCAAGGUUGCCAAGAAGGCUAUUGAGCCACCCAAAGAAGUGAACAUUCCAAUUGAUUUUAAAGGAUGAGAACUAACCUGAAACAUUUUUACCUAUGCAUUUUCUAUGGGUCUACCUAUCUUAAAUUCCAUUGCUAGGUUGCUUUGAUUUUUGUCAUGGUUUAGAUUUAGAGCCUCGGUGGGCAACCAUUUUUUUCCCCCAAAACGUGACUGUUGUGGCAAACGCUAAAUACUAAUGAAGACGUUGCUGUUACAACUGAAUAAAAUGAAUCCACAUUCCCCAAGAGCUGUUUUGUUGUAUUUUAAGUUACAUUUUUUAUUAAUGCUUUUAAGAAAAAUGUUUUGUUUAAUUCAUGUACUCGGGGCACAACUUAACUCUGUCCCUAACUAAAUUUUAUAACAGUUUGGGAUCUGUAUGUUGGCUUGAUAAAUCCCAUUUUAGACAAUGAUUUGCAGAGCAAAGUUGAGUCAAAUUAGUAAUAUUAUAAGUAAUUACAAUUUGAUCAAUGACAAUUAUGUUUUAGAAAUUAUAUAUCCUUGUAUUAUGUACAUGCUAUAUUUCCUGAAAGAUAGAGGUCCUUUGCCAUGUUAGUAGUUGAUAGGGUUGCCCAUCCCUGAUCUAGUGUAUGCUAGUUGUAUUGUUGCCUAUUGUCUAGUUGAAAAUGUCACUUUUUAUAUAUUUAAUGUAUGUUUACACAUAGAAACUUUAAUUAGUUUAAGUUCAGUAUUAAAGAUUAAUGUAUAUAUAUAUGAAUGGAUAAUUCCUUUAAAACUUACUUUUUACAAAUUUCUUUAAAUAUUAAUUAAAAAUUCAAAUAUUAAUAAUGCAGAUUUGUUCUUAAGUGAUUUUGAAAAAUUGAUAUAAUUUAGGGCUGAGCACUCCUGGCAUACACCUGUACCUUUCCUGAUAGCACUAAUCACAGUUAAUCACAAUGAAACUGUUGGUUAUUCUUACCCUCAAAUGAACAAAAAAAAUAUUUACAUAUAUGUAUCACCAUUUUUCUGUACAUUUUUCAAUGGUUUUUUUAAAGUUGGCUCAGCCACUAGGUGAUCAGUUCAUUCAAUGUUAAAUUCGGUUUGUCAGUUGAUUCGAUGUUAAAUUUGGUUUCUUAGUUUAUUCAAUGUUAAAUUUGGUUUGUCCGUUUUUUUUCAAUGUUAAAUUCUGCUUCAACAAGUCCAAUAAAUGUUAUAAAAUAAUUAUUUAAA